UUCGCUGCCGAACAUCGUGGGGUGUGUUCCAUUCUGUGACGCUUGCUCCGAAACGAAAAAUCUCGUGAGAAACGCGUCGUUAUCCGUUUGAAAUUCAAAUACUUAUACUCAUAUAUAAAUGCCCAAUUAUUUAUUGUUUUUUUUUUUCGCUUGAUCAAAAGAAGUCGAUAAUUGUAUACUAAAGAGGCGUGAAAAUAAAAUAAGUUUGUGUCUAAUUUAAAUACAAAUCGAAAUCGACCAUCGAAAUGAAUCUUAAAUCAGUGGCCAUCGUUUGUGCUCUUCUGCUGGCGCUGUGUCUGAGCCAUGUCCUGGCCGCCGUGACCACCGUGCGUCCUUACAAGUUUGGCUUCACCAUCGACGAGCAGCAGCAUCGGGCAGAGCAGAGAGAUGAACGAGGCAUUGUCAUGGGCGAGUUUGGGUUCAUCACCGCCGAUGGUAUUUAUCAUGUGACGGUCUAUGCCACCGACGAAGAGGGCAAGUUUCGCAUCUUGUCGAUGAAGAGUUAUCCCUAUGCAGGACCCAUCGCACCCAAGACCGUAGCUGCCAUCGCCACCAGCACACCAAGAGCCCCGCAGCCGUCAGCUUUGCCCAAGUACAACUUCAACACGGAGGCCUGCUCGGGGUGCUUCCUGAAGAAGUCGCCAGCGUCGGGCAGUCCCAAAACUGAGAUUCGCACGCUCUCACAGCCGCUGGCACCGUCUUCGUCCGCCUUUCCGCUGGCUUCCGGACCCGAAGGUAAGCUAACGCCCAGUCGGCUGCAAACGGGCUCGCAGGACUAUGGACUCAAUGUCCAGCUGCCAUUCCGACAGUCCAUUGCCCAAACCAUUGAGGUGGCAUCGCGACAGGGUCAGAGCCACAGUCACAGUCCAGCACCAACACAGCACAACACGAACACAAACACAAACACGAAUAGCAACACCAAUUCCUACACUAACACAUACACCAGCACCUAUGCACCCACAACGAAUCCAGGGCCACUCAAAAAGCGGAUAGAAAGUGGUCUCGACUUGGCCAUGACCACAUACACCACAUCCAAGGCCGCCGUCACGGGUCACGUGAUCAGUCAGAUGCAGAACUCGAAAACUCCCAGCAGCAACACAAAAGUAGACUACGAUGUGGGCAUCUUCAGAACGGGUGAAAAGGUUUCAUCGUCACCAUCGAAUGCCUUCAACUAUGCCACGACGGCAGCGGCAACCUUUGCCCCGUUGAACAUCAAACUGGAUGCGGAUGCUGUGAAGCAGGCCAGUGCAUUCGUUGCCGGCAUUAAGGCUCCCCUGUCCUUGGCUGAUCAGACAAUUGUCCCGCCAGCCCCAAUACCCGCAAAUCAGGUGAAAAUCUUUGCCGCCGCUCCAACCAGCGAGAAGAGUUCCCCAUUCACUUCCGCUGUUAGCCACUCGAAUGUGCCGCUGGCCAGUAAUGUUGUGCACCAGACGCAUCCGGCCGCGUUCCCCAUCCCGGCUGCGGCUCAUCCUGCUGGUGGACAGAGAGACGGGUUGGGAGCACAACCCUCAGCACUAUUCCCACAUUCCGCACCGACACAGACCACACAACAACAAUUGCACACAGGAACAACAUACACACUGGGCCCACACCAGAGAUAUCCCUUAAAUAUACCAACGCAGACCGGACUUUCUGGAGCAGGCGCUGUUCGACCAACCGGAAAUGCUUUCCCAACGAAGAUUGGUGGAAACCCUGCCGUUGAAGGCGGAAGCUCUGCUGGAAGCCUUCCUCAAGGAAAUGCAGGUAAUGGAGGCGUAUCUGGUUCACGACUGGGUGGCGCAUCAGGUGCCGCAUUCCCUCAGGGAAAUGCAGGAAAUGGAGGUGUAUCUGGUACACCACAGAGUGCAGCAUCAGGUGGAAGCUUCCCGAGUGGAUCUCCGUCAUUUGGAGGAGUACCUGGAGGCGCUGUGACGACUGCAAGUCGCCCAGCUGGAUCAGCAGCUGCCGGUGCAGUAACAGGUGGAAGCUUACCAGGAGGAUCCUUUCCACAUGGGGGUUCUUCAAGUGGUAGUGGGGCUGCAGGAGCAGUAUACCGUGGAAGCGGACCAGGUGGAAGCGGUUCUGCUGCCAGUGCAUCGGGUGAAGUGGGAGAUCUGUACAAAUUCAAGUACAUUCUGGAUUACAACGGGCACGAGGAAAAGGGCAGUCGGAAUGGCGACAAAGAGGGAAAUUACUUUGCCAUCGGCGAGGAUGCCGUGCGACGGACCGUCGAGUACAUAGCGAACGAGUUUGGCUUCCAGCCGCACAUCAGUUGGCAGAAACUGGAUGACAAGAACGUGCUGCCAGAGGGUAACAGCCUGAAGCACUACGAGUUCAAGUGGUUCAAGGAAGCGCAGUGAACUUUCCAGUGAUACCAGGAAUUAGUCCGAUUUCGAGUGUAGAUUCUUGUCCCACUUGCUGUAAAUAACAAUUUGAUGAUUUUCGAAUAUACACAGAGAUUAACAAAUAA